AUGCCCUUUCACAAGAUCAGUCGCGACGUAAAACUAGCAGCUGUCAAUCUCUAUGAGCGUGAAAUCCUAUCCCUAGAGCAGAUUCUUGAAUGUGUUGAAUUCUCCGAGAGAACCUUCUGGCGGAUUCUCAAACUAUGGAGGGAGAAUGGCAUCUCUUGUAAGCAGUUGAAGAAAAUUGUGAAGGAACAAAAUGAAGUCCAAUGUGCUGACUUCAUCAGGCACAUGGCACAAUAUGAGCCAGAGGAACUUGUUUUUUUUUUGGACGAGACCUCCAAGGAUGAGAGAACACAGUCAAGGAGGUUUGGAAGGGCAAAGAAAGGUUUAGGUUUACUCACUGUUGAUGGCAUGAUUGCCUCUUCUGUGGGUGAGGGCUCAUUCAUCACUGAGAAGUUCAUGACCUUCAUUGAAGAGGAUGUGUUGCCCUUGUGCUUUCCCUACCCUGGCAAACUGAGUGUGCUUGUCAUGGACAAUGCAUCAUGCCACCAUGAUGAUGGUGUCGCAGAACUCAUUUACGAAGCAGGUAGACAUCUAAAUUUUGUAUUUGAAUGA